GUUUAGCACAUUGGGUCCACCUCGAGGGCACAGGCUGUAGCUCAUUCUGACCACUGCUCCUCUCCCGGGAAUCACUUUUAAGGGCUGCUGUUUGUUUUGGGUUUUUUUUAAGUUUUUUUGGGGAGGAGCACCUUUACUUUCAAGUUUAAGCAACACAAAAUGGCACCAAAGAAGGACGUAAAGAAACCAGCGGCAGCACCAGCACCUGCACCCGCGCCAGCACCAGCACCCGCGCCAGCUAAACCCAAAGAACCUGCAAUCGAUCUCAAGAGCAUCAAGAUCGAGUUCUCCAAGGAGCAGCAGGAUGACUUCAAGGAGGCCUUCCUCCUCUUUGACAGGACUGGUGAUGCCAAGAUCACCCUGAGCCAGGUUGGCGAUAUCAUCCGGGCACUGGGGCAGAACCCUACAAAUGCUGAGAUCAACAAGAUCCUGGGCAACCCCAGCAAAGAGGAGAUGAAUGCCAAGAAAAUUACUUUUGAAGAGUUCCUGCCCAUGUUGCAAGCAGCUGCUAACAACAAGGAACAGGGUACUUACGAAGACUUUGUUGAAGGUCUGCGUGUCUUUGACAAGGAAGGCAAUGGCACAGUCAUGGGGGCUGAACUCCGUCAUGUACUGGCUACUCUGGGUGAGAAGAUGACAGAAGAGGAAGUAGAUGAACUCAUGAAAGGUCAGGAAGACUCCAACGGCUGCAUCAACUAUGAGGCGUUUGUAAAGCACAUCUUGUCUGUCUAAAUGGACUUCCCCAGAUACCAAAUGAACAAGUCAGAUUCAGAAAGUCCAGAUGGCACUCGAGAUUUGCCUGAAAUUCUUGCUCAGUCUGUCACCAUCAACGUGGAAACUGCAUAGAACUGGAUGGUGUGCCUCCAACCCCAUCACUUUUUACCAGUGCAUCAACAGGUAUCACCUCUGGGUUACUACACCUUCAUUUAAAAAAGUCUGAACUUUCACCAAGGCAAGCUAGAUGGAAUAAACUGCUACCAUCCAGGAUCCAUCCAUCCAAAGCAUCUCUUUCCAUGUUGUUUGCACUGAAACAAUAUAAUAUCUUGGAAAAAUAAAGCAUCAAUAAACCCCUGUGGUC